AUGGCAUCUGCGACACCCAUCCACUUCGGAUUCGUCAGGCUCGAGGAGAGCAGUUCCCCAGAGCAAUCUGUGAGCGGCCUAGAGCUUUCUCCGACUCGCAUAGAAGCUCCAGCAUCCGUCGAACCCAAAGACGCCAAAGACCCCGAGGGCUUUCUGAAGCGGUGCUCGGGGUACAACAAGAAGACGAAGCUACGCUGCGGCGCCAGCAUCGGAAAAAGGUCGCAGCAGAAUACCCAAGCUACCUACUUGCCCACAUGCAGUAACCAUCGCGACCAGCAGAGCUUCGCAGGGUGGUGUCAGCAUCAGCAUGCAGGUGGCAAAAGAUGUGGACGAUUGUUUAGAUGGGUGCGGCCGUACUUUGAGCUCUGUGGGGACCACCAAGGGCUACCAGAUUCGCCCUGCUACUUCCUCAAGCUUCCCCUAGAACUGCGCCAUGAGAUCUUCCGCUACCUGCUCCCUACCAAGCCAAUUGGCUCGUCAACGGCUGCCCUGCAUGACGGGUUGGAUGACGAAUUCGAUGCUGCCCACGUUCCAAAUGGCCUUAUGACAGCUCGGACUCGCGCUCUCAUUAUCAAUCCGCACCACGUAGCUCCUCCAGGGCCCGGGAGUGUGUUUCCUACGCCACUUGUGGACCUGCUGCUUGUCAAUCGCCAGAUCUGUCACGAAGUGAAGGAUUUGCUCUACAGCAUUGCUACGUUUACUAUCGAUGUCCGCAAAGACGGCACGUUCAUGUGCGGCAGAAGGCUAUUGGAGCCUCGCAGGGCGGACGGAUCCUCUCAUUUCCUGGCCGACGAAGCCGACGAGGCCAAGGAAAGGUUUCUCAGGACAUUUGAUUGGGCUGCUGUCAAAAACUAUUCCGUUGACAUAUUGCUGGAAAACUGGUCAUGCCCGCCGCACCAGACCCAGGCUUCGACCUGGGACGAGGAGGUUGAGAUCUAUGACAUCAGAGACUAUGUAUCUGUCGUGGUGUCAGGCAUUCUAGCCAAAUCACAUCAUCUGUGUAAACUCCAAGUUCGGCUUUGCCUGGCAGACUUUAAAUGGCAGGAAGAGCAAAUCAUGACCAACGCAAAGUUGAUUGUCAGUCCAUUUGAGCGACUCCGGAACGUUCGCCAGCCACAUCUUGCCGGGGUGUUUUUCGGCAGACCAUACCAUAACUCCAUGUUAAGUGUCCAACGGCCCCCACAUUCAACGACCAAAGGACCACUCAACCCGCCUCCAAUAUGUUCCGUGCCGCCGUUUCUCACUCAUCUACCCGUGAUGCUACCCGGAAUGGCAGCAUUCGAUGCCUACACUGCGGAUUGGGCACGCUGCAUGUCUGCUAGCAGCUCUGCGCCUGUCUGCAAGAAACCACCUAUCCGGGAGAUGUUCACCGAGUUCAAAGACUUCUACAGCAAGUUGUCGAACAUCGUGCCGGACAUCACAUACAGAAACGGGCGACACACCUUCCUGCAUCGCGCUCGGGUGGCCCGCGAGCAAGAAAACGUUGCGCAAUUCCGCCAUUUACGCAACGAACUCAUACAGUUCUGGUAUGCGUACGUCGAGCAGGAAGAGCGUAAGAAGACAGACAUGAACUCGAGGCUGAGUAAAAUGCUCGAUACCGACACAUACCCAUCGCACGAGUGGGAAGAGUCCAGCAACCCAACGCGCCGCAACUCAUCCGCCGCCCAGUCCCCCGUUGUCCUCAACGCGCUUACCAUGGCGAAAGAAGGCAUACCCAUGACGGGGAAUCACAUAGCCCCAUCUGAACACAACUUCGGAGAAAUGCAGUUACGGCAAUACCGAGAAUGGCAUCGCUUGAUGCGGCAUCAGCGGCAAGGUGUACCUGCCGGGGUGCAAUACCAGCAGUCCCAAGACCUGGCACGCGCCCACCAUCAAGAAGCCCAGUACUACGCACAGCAACAGUCGCAGCUUCACGCCCAAAACAUCGCUGCCUUGCGCGAACUGUCCACAAGACGAGCAGAGAAUGCAAACAACGGCGUCACGUCUAUUACUAGUUCCACCUCGGAUCUCUACGCCCCUCCAAGUAGCUCCUUGUUGCGCUCCUCCGCCGACACCGCCCUCACUUACCAAACUGUAAAUUCUCAAUUACUACCCGGUUUCAACCCGAAUGCAUCCAGCGAGCCCGGUCCUUCCUUGACAAAGAAGCAAAAGAUCGAUUCUGGAAUUGAAGAAGCAGCGUACGGCGGCAUGAUCGCGCAUACAGACGUUCCAAUGGGCGUGGCCGUGGACGUAAAUGUGAAUGGGGUGGAGACCUUGCUGCAAGGCAAUUCAUCAUCCAUGCCUCCCCCGAUCACUCCCUAUGUAGGCAAAGGCAAAGGGAAGAUGGAGAUGUAA